CUUUUGACCGAGAAUAUCUUCGCUGGAUACAGACUUGUUUGUCGACGACAUGGGUGUCAAGAAGAGAAACUGCCGAAAGCGGGCCUGUGACGUCCUUUCUAUUAGACCAUCAUCAUCUACCAGCAAUCGCCUCCGCAGCUCGCAGUACUCUCCAGCUUAAAUAUCUAGUACUGCAGAGUUUCCACUCUUGCCAACGACCCCCAAGAUGGCUAACCAAUCGCCAAUGAUAUCCAUUCCCAAGAAGACGACAGAGGAAGUCGACUGGACGACACCCAUUCGCUCCCUCAUCGCCCACUCUUAUGGAGAGAGCCCAGACAACUAUGCCGCUGAGUGCGCAGCGCUACAGAGGUGCCGCCAGGACGCUGUACGGGGUGCAGGUAGCGAUACGACUGCUCGCGACCUUUUAUACAAGUACUUUGGCCAGCUCGAGCUCCUUGAGCUCCGGUUCUCCGAAAUUAAAGUUAACUUUCCUUGGAGAGACGCAUUUACGAACAAAUUAACGACACAGACAUCCAUCGCUUUCGAGAAGGCAUCGAUACUAUUCCAGAUAGCUGGGACACAUUCCGCUAUCGCUGCAUCGCAGAGCCGAUCCGAUCCGGAGGGUCUCAAACGUGCAUUUUACUACUUCAAGACAUGCGCGGGGAUGCUAACAUAUAUCAAUGAGAACUUUCUCCACGCGCCGUCCACCGAUCUGAGUCGGGAGGUCAUCAAGUUUCUUGUCAGCCUCAUCUUGGCUCAGGCAACAGAGGUGUUCUUUGAAAAAUGCACCGACGAGAAGAAGGGUAUUGUUCUAGUAUCCAAAGUUGGGGCCCAGGCAGCCUCAAUGUAUAAUUCGUUGACGGAGGAAGUUAAGGAAUUCAUGGGAAAGGGCAUUUUUGACCGAAACUGGGUAACUCUCCUUCAGGUGAAAGCGAAAUAUUUCACUUCCUUGUCUCAGUAUUACCGCGGAAUGGCUGACAACACCGCUGGAAAGCACGGCGACGCGUUGGUACGCUUCAAUCUUGCCGAAAGCCUGGCAAAGGAUGCUUCCCGGACCGCCUCGUCUUUAUUCACGUCGACGAUGUCGCCUACUCUUCCUGCAGAUGCUAGCACUGCGCUACAAGACCGCAUGAAAGCUCAUCUUGCCAUCUGCUCGGACCGGAAGUCCGAGGCACAGCGCGAGAACGAUCUCAUAUACAACGCUGUGUUGCCUGCACCUGAAGCACUCCCAGCAAUCGACAAAAUUGUUGUGGCUAACCCCAUCCCGAUCCAAGAGGUUUAUGGGACGCCUGAGGUGCAGAAGACGAUAGGGCAAGACCUAUUCCUGCGGCUUGUCCCUUUGAGUGUGCAUGAAAGCGCCAGUGUGUAUUCGGAAGAGAAGGCGAAGCUUGUUCGAAGCGAGGUGGAGAAGGUGGAAGGGGCGGAAGGCGAAGUUCGGAGUGUAUUGGAUGGCUUGGGCAUAAAAGAUGGUUUGACCAGGUUCCGGGCCAUGGCAGAAGGCGAGGUUGGUGGAGAGGAUGAAAUCCCGGUAGACGUGAGAAGAUGGAAAGAUGAUAUCUCCUUGAUUGAGGAGAGAGAAGGCGUCGAAACCCUCAUGGCGCAGAUUUCACAACUCAAGAAUGGUGUACAACAGCAACUGGAGACCACCUCGCAGGAGUUGGACACUGAAUCGCGGAAUUGUGAGAUGAUGAGGGUGAAGUAUGAGCAUCUCUGGACGCAAGAACCGUCGGGAGGCGUGGGGAAGACCUAUAGACAGGAUCUCAAAUCUCAUUUUACAACCCUGGACGCAGCUGCGCCUUCGGACCAACAGGUCGCGAUGAUGUGGCAGUCGGUAAAAAGUGAUAUCGGACUUCUUUUGAGCCCUCAGUUGGAAGAUGUGUUCAGGGCUAGUACUGAACAUGGAGGAAACGGAUCUGAAAACCUUCUAGAUUUCGAUCCGAACGAAGGGAGCGAUGCACAAGAACGAGCGAAGAUUGGCAACUUUGUUACAGAAAUCGAGGAACGAACGGGACGCCUAAACAAGAUUGCCAGAGAGAGAAACGAAGUCUUGAAGGAUCUCAAGGAAAAAGUCCAAAAUGACGAUGUUUCGCAUCUCCUUUUGCUCAAUCGACGUAAUACUGGGGUAGAGCCAGCUUUGUUCGCCGCGGAAUUGGAGAAGUUCCGUCCAUACCAGCAGCGACUAGAGGCAACGCUGCAACACCAGGCCAUUGCUUUGCAGGAGAUCACAACACUAUGGAAAAGUCUCAAGGAUCUUGCGGGUCGUGGUCCAGGAGCUCGUAAAUGGGAAGAAAGAGAAAAGCGCAAGAAGGACACAGUCCGGCGCUUCUCUCGAGCUCGAGACGUGUACAUGGAAGUCCGAGAUGGCUUGGCUAAAGGAUUGCAAUUUUACAACGAUCUGACGGGUUUGACGAAAAGCCUCCACGAAAAUGUUAAUUCCUUUAUUUUCAGCAGAGUCGCCGAGAAAGAUAAUCUGGUCUCUCAAAUUGAGGUGGAAAAGCGACUUUCUUCUGUAUCCUCGCAGCGUCCACCUUUAGCUCCAAAGCCACCCUUGCCGCCUCCAUCUAAGUCGGAAGACCUCAGCUCAGCCUUCUCCUCCAUGAGUAUGCGAGGAUCUUCUCCCACUCCUGCCGAUCGUUCAUGGCAGAAUAUGUCGUCGUCACCGCGACAAUCAUAUUCGCCUUCAUCAUACAGCUUUUCUACUUCAUCCUAUCCCCCGCCUCCACCUUCGUCUACAUACACUUCUUCCCCUCCCCCGCCUCUCCCAUCUUUAUCUAAAUUAUCUCCACUACCGCCCCCACCUCCGCCGCCGUCACAGCUGUCUUCGUCUUCUUAUUUGCCUCCGCCUCCCCCACAACCUCGGCAAUCAUAUUCAUCUUCCCCUCCCACGCAACAGAAUGACCCUUAUGCUAAUCUUGGAGUGUUUGGCGUGUCCACCCCAUCAGCACCACUGCGCCCACCUCCUCCGGGUCAAUACCAAACGAGUACACCCUCUCGGCAGAUGUCGAUACCGCCUGCUUCUCAGCUACAGUACCAGAACCCAUCCCAGUGGAUGCCCCCGCCACCCGCACCAUUGUCAUAUCAAACUGGAAAUAAUCAGCAGCAGCAGCAAUAUCAAGGAUUCCCUCCACCUUCUCAGCCUUAUGGGUAUCUGCCCCCGGGACAGGGGUCUUAUGGACGUUGAUACUAGGAUAGUGGAAAGCGACAAUAGAACAGUUGUAUAAUACCGUAUUUAUGAUGAUACACUAUGGACCAUGAUGACACUAAGUGUACUGACUCGGCUUGUGCACGAAUUGCUAAAGGUUCUUCACGCUGACUGUUAACGCAAACUGGAAAGGACUGUACA